AUGGCUGCUUACCUUACCGGCUUUGCGAUGCUGCUCCUGCUGUUGCUGCGGGACCCCAGCUCCGGGGCUGCCUCGGGGGGCAGCGGCGCCGCGCCCCGACACCUCGUGCCCGACGGGCCGCGACCGAGCAGCGCCCUCCCGGCUGUCCCGCAAGCCGGAGCGCAGCGGCACGGAGGGACGCCCGGCCCCAGGCAGAGCCCGCCGGAAAGCCUGAACGCCGCGGGGGCCCUACCGGCGAGCAGGGUUGCCUCGACCCGGAGCGGCGCCCGAGACGGAGCGGACGAGCUCUCCAGCCCCCCGCGGGGUCCGGUGCGGCUGCCGCUCCCACUGCGGGGCAGCCGGCGCCGGGCCGCGCUUCUCGGCCUCCCCCGUGGGCUGCGGGGCCGCGCCGGCGGGGGGCCGCCCUCUGCGCCCCAGCCGCGCUGGGAGCCGCCGGCGGGCCGGGCCGGGGCGGAGGAGCGGGGUGCGGGAUCUGGGCCGUGCGGGCCCCUCCGGAGCAGAGCGCCGGGGCUGCGGGACGCCCUGCUGCGGGCGGCGGCGCGGUCGCUGGGGGCGCUGCGCACUGACAGCGGCGGGGGCUGCGCAGGUGAGCGGCGCCCCCGGCCCCGCUCCCGCUGCCCGGUGCCGGCGCCCCGCUGCCGGCUGACGGCCGCGCUCUCCCGCAGGGACGCUGCCGCAGCUGCUCCUCUGGUGAGUCGGGCCGCCGCAUGGCCCCGCUGCUCCCACCGCACGGUGCGGGGGCCGCCCCGGCCAGCGCCGUCGCUGAUCCGGUCUCUGCCCUCCAGGGGCUUCCAUCACAACCUCAGCUGGGAUGCCCGGGGCCUGGGCUUUGCGGCUGGGGUGCUCCCUGCGCCGCCACCCCUCCCCGGCUGCCUCCAGCCUGUCCGCCGGUCAGCAGCUGCCGUGCCCCAGCAGCCCUCGCUCCUGCCGCCAGUGCUGGAGGCUGUGUGCAAUGACAGCGUCCCCGGGUUGCCGGGUGUCUCCAACUUCACGGUCUACCUCUACUGCAACCUCUUCAACAGCUCCCGGGGCUCCAGCCGCUCGGGGGACCUGGGGGCUACCUGCUCCAAUGCAGCCUGGUACCUCUCUGCGGGUGAGGGGGGCUCUGCAUGGGCCCGUGCCUGCUGGGAGCGCUACCCUGCCCAGUUCAACAGCACUGUCUGCAGCAACACCUCCUUAAGGGAGACCCCUGGGCCCCAGCAAGUUCUGCUGGAGCAACUCUGUGCUGACCCAGCCCGGGGCCUGGCAGGGGCCCGGCCCCCCAGCCGCAGCACCUGCCCACUGGGUGCAUACUGGGAAGAUGCCUGGAGCUGCUUCCUGGGAAGCCGCAUGCUCUGGGGUGCCUGGCUUUGUGGCAGCAGGACCCGUGAGUUGCUACCUGCUGACCUCUGGGACUGGCUCUCCCAGCUGUGUGGUAGUCCCUGGCCCCAGGCACAGAUGCCCAGCACGUCAGAGCCUGGGGGCACAGGCCCCUGCUCCUUUGGGGGCUGGAGCCUGUGGACACAGGGGAACGCCGGCCUCUUGGAGCUGUGCAAGACUGCAAGUCCCAGCUGCUUUGAGGAGCUGGUGUGCACCAACACCUCCCUCCUGCAGCUGCUGGGACAUCCCCAGUCUGUGGUAGGGGUGCGCUGCCAGGGCAUCCUGCCAGGAGGACGCUGCCUGCUGCAGCAGCUCCUGGCACUCCUGCCCUUGCCCUCCAGGCUGGACACUGCAGAGCUCUGCCCGGACCCGGCUGCCUAUCUGCUGGGGCUGGCCUUUCAGCUCCUGCAAUGUCAGGAAGAGGGUCCAGGCUGGGCCCCCCAUGUGAACUACCUCCUGCGCCUGCUUGACCGCAGUCUGGCCCUCUCCGGACAAGAGGAGGCUGGGAAGGCGGCCGGGGAGGAGCUGAGCGAGGCCAUCCUCCUCUCCAGCCUCCUGGACAAUGCCUCCUUCUGGGGCUUGCUCAGCAUGAACGCGUCUGCAGGCAUCCUGCGAGCUGUGGGCCAGUACCUGGGGUGGGAGCGCAGGGCCUCAGCCAAGAGGGAGCUGCUGAGCUGCUUUAGCGCUGUGCUCUGGGACCUGCUUCAGGACAACGACGGUGCUCCUGCCUUGGAGAUGCUGGUGCAGGAGUACCUGCAGAUGCCAGAGGAGAGCUUCCAGGAGCUGCUGCUUGCGGCAGGGCCCGAGGCUGUGCAGCGCUUCCUGGCCCUGCUGCACCGCUCCUGGCACCGGUUGCAUGGGGAGGUACUAUCACCUGUGUCCGGGGAGGAGGCGAUGCUGUCGCUGGCCAUGCUGCUGCUUCGCAGGUUACCCCAUCUCACCCCACAGCUGUUUGUCAGUCUGUCGCAGUUCAUCCCUUUCAUGGCCGUGUCUGACAUUGCGAGGCUCCCACCAGCCCUCCUGGCCAACGAGAGUGUCCUCACUGCCCUGCGGACUCACAGUGCCCGCCUGACACAGGGGCAGAAGGCCGCCUUUGCCAGGCGCCUGCUGCAAGCCCCCUUCCUCGGGGCUGUGCCCACGUGGCCCCUCAGCUUCCUCCAUGCCGUCCUGCCGCUGCUGCCCCACUUGCCGCUGCGCUGCUUCCUGCAGCUCACACCCCAGCAGAUCUGGGGGCUAGGGGACGGCUGGCAGACGCUGCGGCUGGGACUGGUGCAGGGCCGCCACGUAGCAGGCAGCCUGGCCAACAGGAGCCGCGCAGCUGGCCCUGAGCUGGGGCGCAGGCUGGGGGCUCUUGCCUGCUUCCUGAGCCCUGAGGAGCUGCAGGACCUGGCAUGGCUGCAGGACCCUCGGGGGGCAGUGGAGCAGAGCCUGCUGGCGUGUGCGGCCGCAGGGACCCUACGGCAGCAUGGGCGGGUCAUGCUCGCCCUGGCAGGAUUGCUGCGCUCCACCAGCCUGGCCAUGGUGAGCCCUGGGGAGCUGCCAGCAUGGAGAGGCAUCCUCCCUGAGAUGGGAGUGGGCUUCCUAGAGCGCCUGUCAGCUGCCCAACUGAAAGCCCUCCUGCCCAAGCUGCGGCCGACACAGCUGACACGUGCCCAGGUGACGGUGGGGGAAGCAGCCAGGCUCUGUCCCCUGCUGCCAGGCCUGGGACCCACAUUGCUGGCAGCCAUCCUGGCCCUUCUCCGGGCCCAAGGCUGCACAUGCCUAGAUCCAGCCCUACCCCUGCUCUCGGCCGCGCAGACAGCAUCCCUGCUGCAGGGUCUGCAGCCCCUGGACAGCUGGCCCCACUGCCUGCUGCCCCUGCUGCCUCUCCAGCUCCUGCGUCCUGGUGCCCAGGCUCUGCGGGGGGCUCCAUGGGACCCAAACCUGCCCUGGUCCCCACAGCAGGUCAGAGGCUGGGCACAGGGUUGCGGGGGAAGUGCUCUGGGCUCACUGGUGGUGGGAAUGAGCUGUGCUGUGCUGCAGGAGCUGGGCCAGGAGGAUUUCCUGGGGGCUCUCCAGACCCUCUAUGUGCAGCCCCGCUCCCUGCCUGCCAGCCUGAGGCGCUGCGUGCAGGAGGAGGUGCUCAGGCGUCCUGCGCUCUCCGAGGAGGAGCUGGCAUGGCUGGGACCUCGGUUCCUCAUGGAGUUACCGGCGAAGAUGGUGGAGAUGCUGCCUGACACCGUCAUGCGGCUGGUGCUGGACUAUGUGACCCGCCAGCCCUGCAGCCUGCUGGCCCUGCCGGCCACCCGCCGGGCAGCCCUGGCCCGUGGGGCCCUGCGUUCCCUGUGGCCUCCAGCGGGGACAGAGCUGGCUGGGGAGGACCUGGACAGGCUGGGCCCACUGCUGGGGUUCCUGGGCCGGGAGACCGUGGCCCGCAUCCGGCCUGAGAGCCUGCUGCCACGGCUGGGGGACCUGCAGGACACCUGCUUGGCCACAGAGGUGGCCACCGAGCUGGGGCGGCUGCUGUUGUCGGAGCAAGCACUGGGUUCCCCCCCAGGCUGGCGUCUGCCCACCCUGCAGCAGCUGGGGCGCCUGGUCUUCCUGCUGCCUCUUGAGAGCCUGCGCGCCAUCCCCUGGGAUUUGCUGAGCAGAGACACAGUGGAGCAGCUGCUGCAGAGGCAGCAGGACUGGGAACAGAGCGAGCUGGGGCGCCUCUGCCACCCCUCCAGCACCCCAGGUGAGGGCCCCAGCCAGCAAGAAGUGCUGGUGGCCCCGCUGGUGGCAGCUGCCAAGCCAGGGGACCAAGCCCCCGUGCCCAGCUGUGCUGACAUGCGUGCCACCUUCCCCGCGGCAUGGAGCGCAGCCCAGCUGGCCGCCAUGGCCCCCCAGCAGCUUGAGGACUGCCUGGGGCUGCUCAGCCGGGACCCAGCGCUGCGCCCUGACCAGCUCCGGGCUGCCCUGGGCCAGGCCCGGCGGCUGUGGGGCAGCACCCGGGUGCUGGAGCCAGCCCAGACCCUGCGCCUGGGCCGGCUGGCCACCCAGCUGGGCGAGUCGGAGCUGCAGGAGCUGCUGCUCCCCGACUGGGGGGCCCUCUCUGCCCUGGGGGAGCUGGAUGGCUGGUCACCUGAGCAGAUGCGUGCUGUGGUGUCCGCCUUCCUGCGGCAGCGUGGGGUGAGCGCCCGGGACCUGGGGCUGCCUGAGCUGGUGGCGCUGGGACACCUGCUCUGCGGGCUGCCGGUGGCUGAGCUGCGGGGCCUCGACAGCUGGGAGCUCAGCAAAGCUGCCCCUUUCCUGGGCUCGCUGAGCCUGCGCUGCACGGAGCAGCAGGCAGAGGUGCUGGCCACCCACCUGACCUCCAGGGCUGCCUUUGGCCCGGCCGCCACCUGGGGACCUGAAAUCUUCGCGGAGGUCGGGACAUUGGCAGCUGGGCUCCCCGACAUCGUCCUCUCUGCGCUGGUCCCCGAGCAGAUCUGGGCACUCACGCCCCGGGCCAUCGCUGCUGUCCCAGCACCCAAGUUUGCAGUGGUGUUUGGCCCAGCUCAGCUGUGCACCCUCUCCAGCGCCCAGGCUGCGGCUGUCACCACAGGGCAGCGCCGGUGGCUCAGCAGCGCCCAGCAGCAGGCCCUGGCCAGCGCCCAGCGUGAAGGAGAGGCUGCCCAGGACAACCGAGGUGAGAACAGCAGGGUGGCUUCUGUCCCCAUGCAGCGCCCAGCCUGCCUGCUGUGGGUGGCUCCGCUGCCCGCUCACCCCUCACCGCUGCUCCGCACCUCCAGGCUCAGCAUGGGCACCCCGGGGUGCUGGGAGGGCUCAGGGUGUGUGGGUUUGGCCCCUGGUGCCUGCAGCGCUGCCCCGCAGGGAGGCUGGCCCCACUGCCUGCCUACCUCAUGCUCCCUGUCGGGCUGUGUCCCAUCCCAUCUCCGCCCAGAUGAGACCUCCCUGCUGCCGCCCCCUGCCCUAAACCCAGGUCCUGAACAGCUGCUCUGUGCUGCCCCUGCCCAGAGCUAA